UACACGGAAGUGAACAAUAUCGUCACUUAGCGUUUUAGUUAUUUAUAUGUUUGUUUACACCCAGGAACUCAAAAUCGUACUCAUUUAACUUCUCAGUAUCAUAUACUUACAACAAAUCGUGUUUAAUUCGUGUUGGUGAAAGUACUUGUUGAUAUAUGUUAUCUAGGUAACGCUAUUUAGCUAGCUGCUAACAAUGGCUGACUGUAACGAUAUGGGUUUUCACACUCAAAUAGCCUCCGUUAUGGAGGUUCUAGCGAAUGCAGCCGUUGCAGAGAUCUGUAAACUCGUAGACGACGACUAUGCAGUGUUUCGUUUGGAAAUUUCUCAAAGUCAGAAAGAAAACAGCGGAUUACGGAGGAAACUACAACUACUGGAACUGAAGGUGGCACGGGAGCGUCGUUCCAGUAGUGUCAAGAUCCUCGACCGAUACAAAACAGGAUUGGCAAGAGGUGAAGGACAUCUCACUGGAGGCCACAGGAGUUUCGGGAAGCCAGCGGGACACAAUACAUGGAAUGAUGACCAACCAAUUACUGUUGAUGAGCCUGCAGAUGCAGGUCCUGGGUUCAAGCUAGAGAGGUCUGAAGGAGACGAGGACCCACGGCACUGCAGAAACAUCCAGACCAGAGUCGAGGACCCUACCACUGACGCAGUGCAGCCCAGGACCCGACGCAGCAUUACGGAGGAGGAUGAAGGUCCAGAGGUGCUGCUGGUGAAGGAGGAGGUAUGUGAAGAGAGUCUGAGGAACACUGAUGGGACCAUGGUCAUGGAGGACAACCAGACGACACCACCUCCUGAACCCACAGAGGAACCAGCUGAGCAGCACAGGACCACACACAGUCUCACUGAGUCAGUAGACAUGGAGGAUGGGAAGCCUGAUCUGCUGCUGGUCAAAGAGGAGACAAUAGAAGACGGACCAGAGAGCAUUGACCUGCUGAGUGGACUAAAGAUGGGGGAGCAAGGUGGCUGGCUGGAGGCUAUCAGAGGAGACUGGGUGGCCGUCUUGGAUUCCCAGACGGGUGCAGCCAAGGGCCCAGGGGACGACGUCACUGAGCAGGUCCGGACCAGAGGCGACAUAGUAGAGACUGCAGUCCUUGAAGACCUGCUGAUAUCCGGUGUUACUGGCGGGAGAGACUGGACCUCUGAAGUGGAUGGUCACAAACCCUGGCAACAGAUCAGGAACAUGGAUCAGGAGCCGUCGCUCUUCCUUCCCGAGUUGGAGCCAGGACCCAACCGUGAGGGACAGAGACUCAACCACCACACAGAACACAACCAGUGGACAGGUGGACUGAACAACAGUCCUGGUGGUCAUCAGAGAGACGGAGGCUCCAGUCAGGGAUCCAGUCUGCAGCCCAGACCCUUCUCUUCACAGUCUCAGUGCAGGGAUGAAGCAGGACCUUGGGCUGAUAGAGAUAGACCCAGACCCUCCUGUUCCUAUGAUACAAACACCACAAUAUCCAUGAUGAACAGUGCAGGUCACCCUGGGCUUCAGCCUUCACAGAGAGUGGUGGGAGGCCCUCCUGGUGAGAGUCUAACAGGAAGUCUGUCUUCUCCUUCAGGGUCUCAUCUAAUCCCUGGUGAAUGGGUUCACAGAAGACGUGGGUCUAGCCUUCCUCAGUUACCUCAUGGUUACCCCACCAAUACAGAAAAGGUUAGGAUGGGUGUUCACUUAGCCUGUAACACAACACACAAUCCCAACAACACCCAAACAAUGGCAAGAGGUCACGAAGGGAGCUCAAAGACUAACCACCUGAGGGUGGUGACUCCCGUUUCUACCUCUGGUGUCAUUGGGUCACAACGUGGGAGGCCGAGCAUUAGGACGGACACCGACAAGCCGUACGCCUGCCCCACGUGUGGGAAGCGCUUUACUGAGGCGAACCAUGUGAAGCAGCACCAGACAGUUCACACCCUUCAAGUGCAGACUAAACUACAAGAGCUUAUCAGACAUAGGAGUGUCCACAACGGGGAGAAAUCGUAGCAGUGUGUCUUCAGAUGUACGCAGGGGAUGUCAGGGAAUCACCUUUCAGCUGACAUAUUAUAGUUAUCAUGUGAAGUGUCUUGGGGUAAGAGUGUAAUUAACAACAUACCCCCUCAUUAACACUAACUUGUUUUUAAGAGACAGUACAUCAAGGCUCGAACAAAGACAGUUUAAUGUUGACCUUACGGAGGUGAUGUCGAUGGAAUAAAGUAAUUAUAUUAUUUUCUACUCUAUUCUUGCUAAACACACUGUUCUUUCUAAACAAGUUUGCUCUCAGCUUGAAAGAUACUGAUCAUAGGAGAUUUGAUGUGUAAUGUAAUAAGCAGUGCCGUGUUUCAAAGAACAGGGUAAAUAACUUUUUCAUUUAACCACACCCUUUGAACUAUUAAGCCAACCAAUAAGGACUACAGCCUUAAAAUGUGGAUUAUGGAGAGUCUAUGCUAAUGGUGCCACGUCAGACACCCUACUCACUUGCACAGGUUCACCACAAAGGUGUCACCCCUCCUUUUUACAUUUUCUACACCAAUGACUGAGUGCCCACGCCAACCGCCAUUUUGUGAAGUUUGCCGAUGACGCAGUCCUCUGGUCAAUCCUCUCAAGAGCCUGACCAUGGCCCAGCCAUCCAGGACUUCAUUGACUGGUGUGGCAGUACGCCGCUGGAGUUGAAUGUCUUUAAGACAAAAUACAAUUAUUGUACAAUUAGCCCGCCAGUACAAUGAUCAUUGAUGGAGAGGAGGUGGACAAUGUGGACCAGUAUACAUAUCUUGGUACCAUCUUUGAUAACACCCGGAAGUUUGAGCAAAACACAGACGACCAUCAUCAAAAUAGCAGACACAAUACUUCCUCAGGAAAUUGAACUCAUUAAGUGUCCACAAAUCAAUAUCGCAAUCCUUUUUACAGUUCUUUCAUCGAGAGCAUUCUGUGUUGUCCUUCGUAUGCUGGUUUACAUCCCUCUCUGUCAAGAACAGAUACUGCCUUCAAGCCAUUGUGAAGACCUGCUCAAAGAUCACCGGGCUGCCUUUCAGAAGUCUGGCCUCAUUCUUUGAGCAGCAGGCCAGGAGGAAAGCCUAUGACAUUGUGAGGGAGAGCACUGUGUCCUCAACCCGCAGUUCCAUCUGCUCCCCUUUGGGACAUUACUUGUGCUUUCUCAAGUGUUCCACCAAUAGGUGCAGGGCGUUUGUGCCCGAGGCCAAUCGCCUGGUUAACAGGAAAAUGUAAUGAAGACCUAGGGACUAUUCUGGAGAUAAUUAAUGGCAGGGCUAAACUAAGAACUGUGGCUACCAUGGACUUAAAAUGGCACCAUGCACUUUUAACUGAUGCCUUAGUUGUUGUUUUUUUGUCUCCUGUGUGUGUGUGUUUGUCCUGUCUGAAGCACCGUCAGCCUUGAACGAAUUGCCUCUCGAGGAUGAAUAGUUGAAUUCUAAGUUUCGAGAAGUAGAAUUGUUGCGGUUUUCUUUUUCUUUUGUGCAUCCUUUGCCCAGAGGCAGCGGGCUCUCCAUGUCACACUCCUCAGGAUCGACCUGUCUCGUGCUUUGCUCUCUGGAGCAGGUAGCAUUGAGUGUAGAGGUGGAUCAACUGAAAAUGAAUAUUUCUGGUGUUUGUGAUGCCUGACGUCUGUUGAGACGUAGAUCCGGUGGCAAUGGCAAGACAGGGUAUUCUCAAUCUGUCUUGAACUAUGACACAGAGUUUCUACUGAUAAGGUCAGGUUAUAUUUGCUAUUCUGUGAGGCCUAUGUUCCAAACCCGCUAUGGUGCUUUUGUUGCAAAGGAUUCAGACAUGUUGCAGCAAUGUCUAGAAGGGAGAUCCCACAAUGCGAGAAAUGUGCAGGAGGGCAUAGUCAGAGUGUUGGGAGUUGGGAUAGAGAAAGGACUGUGUCAACUGUGUGCCCUGUGAGAGAGAGAGACAGGUUGAGAUUGACAGAAUUCGAGUGGUGCAGAAAGUGUCCUAUGCUGAGGCAGUGAAGAGAAUAGAGGACAGCCCAAGGGUGAGUGAAUAGGCCUGAAGAGAGAGCUCCAGAGAGGAUGAAUGUUAGUAAAAUAGGGUUUCUUGCAUUUAUUGCUAUGGUUAACUGUCCUGCACUGAUGGAGUGUAAAUCCCAGAAAAUACAGGUAACUGCCAAAAUAAUGGAAACAAUUGAGUAAAUGAGGGAUGCAAAGUAUAUUGAAAGCA